AGUCUCGUUGUCUAAAAUCCAAAUAAUUGUCAAGCGCUGAGCGUCUAACAAUCCCAGCUGACAUGACAGGUUACACAGUUUGUCAUGUGACAACUAAUGAUAGUCUUCCUCCUCUCGCUUCGAUAUUCAUACCAUUCCUCCGGCUUCUCUCGCUCACUAGAACAAUGGAGCCAACUAAAAACAAGACCGAAGGCUCGGAAUAUCCGCCUGUGCGGGUAUUAGUCCAAACCUUGAUGCAUUUGGUUUCAGGAACCGACAACAUGAAUAAAUGCGACUUUAUAUUCAACCGCAUUUGCCAGCACCGGUGGAAUUGCGAUUUCGAGCCUGGAAAGGUCCACCGCUGCGCUACAUAUAACGAUGUAUUUGCCUUUGCCAAUCGAUGCUACUUCUUCCUACUCGAUGUCGGCAAAUCUGAUAAUGAUGAUGAUGUGCCUGUCAUCUGCUAUGAGUGGACAGGAGAGUCUCUAGUUCCGAUGCCACAAUUACUGUAAAAUCCGAAGAUACAGACAAAGCUUAAAGAAGACUUUCCAUUUACGUGGCGACCACGUAAAAGCAAAAGGCCUUCAAGACGCAGAAUUAUAAAAUCAAAACUUUACAGUGAAGAUACUCUUCUCAAUGAGGACUUGGAGCAUAUGAGGGGACACCCGGAGGACCUAUGAUUGCUCAAGACCGAUGUUAGGCCGAGAUUCUGGCCGAGAUUUGUGCCUCGCUGCGCCUACUACCCCUGAGACCGCUCUCCCAAUUCUGUGCGCUGGAGCCUGGGAUCUGGACUC